CCCCGGGCGGUAACGCUGACAGGCGCCGCUGAGCUUCGGCCGAAGCACAGACUGUCGCACGCGCGCCGACGCACGGACGCUCGUCGCCCCUCGUGCUUUGGGCGCACUUCGGCCUCUCCAGUGACGUGCGGCUCCUUCGCUCGCCUUUCCAAACUUCAACGAGAUCCUGUCAUUGUAAAAAAAAGUUUGGCUUGUACCAGCGCUGCCAAACGCGCGUCGGACUUUCUGCAUCUUUGACGACGCCGGACGUCCUCCCUGUGGACGAACAUGAACAACACGACGGAGCUGCUCGCGGUGGCCGACGGUCGUCGGGACGUCCUCGUUGGCAGCUACCUACUGGCUGUCGGGUUGAUCGGCAGCGUGGGAAACGGGAUAAUUCUGGCCAUGUACGCAUGCGUGUCGUCAGUGAUGGACCCCACAAGCCUGCUGCUCAUCAGCCUGGCGGCCUCUGACUUCGGAAUUCUCAUUGGCAGCCCAUUUUCGGCCACGGCCAGCUUCUCCGGGAAAUGGAUCUUUGGCGACACAGGGUGCCAGGCGUACGCUUUCAUCGGCUUCUUCUUCGGUUCGGCUCAUAUUGGGACCCUCACUCUUCUAGCGCUGGAUCGCUACCUGGCUACCUGCCGCAUUGGCUUUCGCGGGAAGCCUACAUACAAGAGAUACCUCCAACUUCUGGGAAUGGUCUGGUUCUACGGGCUUUUCUGGGCUCUCAUGCCUCUACUUGGAUGGGCCAGGUACGGGAUGGAGCCUUCGUUCCAGUCGUGCACGAUUGACUGGCGACACAAUGACGCCAGCUACAAGUCGUUCACGGUGGUCUACUUUGUGCUGGGAUUCCUGGUGCCAGCCUGUAUUGUCGUUGUCUGCUACCGCACUUCGUCGGCGCACAUCCGGGUCCCCAAGCCGACCGUGGUGCGCCCUAACGAUAUGAACGACGACUUCUGGGCUAACCAAGAUUCAGUCACCAUGAUGGUGGUGCUCAUUGUGGCAACGUUCUUCGCGGCGUGGACGCCAUACGCUGUGCUCUGCUUGUGGGCCGUGUUUGGCAAGGCUUCUGCGGUGCCACAUCUGGUUGCCGUUGUGCCGCCGCUGUUCUGCAAGACGGCCAGCGCCAUCAACCCGUUCAUCUACUUCAUCAGCAACCCUCGCAUCCGGGCCGACAUCUACGCGCUGCUCACUUGCCGCUGGAAGACUCUCGGCAGGCGUAGCUGCUCCAUCGAAGAAGACUACUGCUAACCGCCGCCCACCCCGCCGCUCUUUCUGAUGCCGCUCCGCCGGCGGCGCUAGUGCACCUCAUGACCCCACAGUUCUUUUUUGGAUAAACAUGUUCAGUGGCAGGCUGAUACAUGCUCUGUGCGAGGCUUAAGCACUAGCGUAUGACCAAGCGGAGGCAGCGGGCAUUUACAACUUUCUUUUUUUUUUUUGACCAAGGGUUCAUCACGUGGGCAUCACUGGCCUAAUUGCAUUACGGAAGCAUCGGAGCGCUGAUAGGCAACUGAAACUCACAUUUCUCGAAGAAAACUUUACAGGGUCUUGACAGUUGUUUCCUGUAUCAGAGAAUGUAGUUGCGUAUAUUAAGUACUUUAUUCAAAACUAUCGGAAGCUAUCAAAAUUUGCUUGGAUGAUAGAUUAGUCGCCUUUUUUGUCUACCUAUCCUUAUUCGGUCAAACUUCUGCAGAAAGUGACUGUGCCCUUUCCGUUGUGCGUUAAAUCUGUCAGAAAAUGAGUUUUUUUUUUUUCGCUGUGGGCUGUUAUUUGUUUUACUCGGGAUUUUGACGGGAAUUAUCCCAGACAUAAUACGCUUUUCCAGUAGCUUGCCUCUAGAAGAGGUGGUAUUGCAGUAAUAUUUAAGUAAACAUAUGGAGAUUGACUGAUCAUUCAAUAAGGAAACACCUAGAACUAAGAAAAAAGACAAAUUACGUUUGGACUAUAUUGGGAUAUUUACAAUGGUCCGUACUUUGUAGAUAGCCAGUGCUUCGUGUGCUAUAUCAAAUCGAUUCAUUUUGCCGACAUGCGUUUUUGAGCGUAGCGUUUAAUCUCCUUUUUUGUGUGUGGUUUGCGACGAGUUAAAGGCAAAAUUCGCCUCGUAUUCAGCAUUGAAUCGCCUUCGAAGUACAGCCAGAAAGUAAGGCCUCCGGCCCGACGCCAACAGACAUCUCUAAGAAAACCACGUAAUGUGCAUUUUUACAUGCAACUCCUGUCCCUUUUACUGGGUCGAACUUCUAUAUGUAUAUGCGACAAUUCAGUGGGAAUUAAGCGCGUGUAUCUGUGCCAGGAAUGCCUCUGGCUAAGGGCUGGAUUCACAAUGCUCCUCAUUUGUGUCAACUAUCUGCCAUUGGUAAGGUAUUUUUGUUCGUUAAUAUGCGAGAACUGGUUCUAUUCUUGGGAGCUAUUUGCCUUCCAUAUCGCAAUACCAGUUUAUUAAAGGAUGACUUUGUAAAUGCAGGAUUAUUCAGAAAUCGAAAUUCCGACGAAAAAGCAACUCGCCUGGCCACCACUUUUUAUCGUGUUUUGGCGGAUGUUCGCUGUUUUAACCGCCAUGGUGGCUCGCCGGCUGAUGGCGAUAUCUCGGCUUCCCUGUCGUGGCGGCCACGUUUCCACGAAAUCCAUAUACGCAGAGCGCCUGCGUAAAGAGAUUAAAGAGCCCAGUGGGACCAAAAUUAUUUCUGAUCGCCUCGGUAACGUGUGUGUAAUUGCCCAUAGCUGUAGUAGCUUUGGGGUUUCUUGAAGCCCUUGUCCUUACCAAAACUAAAAUAAACGUUCGCGAUAAGCCGGCCCAUAAGCCCUCGCAAACCGAAAGCCCCCCAGACGUUAAAAAAACAUAAACAUUAGGCAUCUUUCCACACGUUCUUCGUGCUUCGCGUCUCUGUUAGGAGAAAAGCAGAUUUACAUUUCAGACGUUCGUUAGUUUUGCGCAACAACUUUAGUUCCAAGACUUCAGUUGUUGUUUCCCUCCGGUGAAUCAGUGGUCUUGCCGACUUUGCAUGCUGCAGCAAUGGCUAAGAGCAGAGCGUAAGUUUGGGGCUUCAAUCAUCCAUCAGUAUGGCGCGGGAUAGAUUAGGAGCUGUCAUGAUAUUGUAGUAGGCUUUCAGUGUUGGGCCAGUAAAGAGGAAAUAUAAGCAAUCUCUGUUUUCUGUUUGACGGUCAAACGUUUUGACUACAUGGUCGCGCAUGCACAUUUAUGGCAGAUGAUUCGCCCUCGAAAUCAGUUGCACGUUCAUUACGUCGCUCCAGUAGUCACCAUCAGUUCCGCGUAGUGGUUCGAAUGUAAAUCGGCACUGCUAGGCACGCUCGAACGACACAUAUGUAAUCGCAACUUGAGAGGCUAUUUCUCCAUCCAGUGAAAACUUCGGGCGAUAUUCGCGUUAUGGACUGCUCACCAAAGUUCAGCUCCUUGAAAUACAGCCUGCGGAGUACAAUCGUUGAGUGUUAGAGUCCUGUCGUUUAGAUUCUUGCGUUACAUCUAACUUUCUCAGAUAACUUGUUGAACAGAGGUGUACUGUAUAUGGAACUGCUUUUAAAAUGUGCCAAAGGGGAGAUGCAUAUGCCCUCCACUUAGACAAGUGCUUGUCAUCUUCACUACGCUCUUGUUAUUUGUUUCCUUUGUUCUUGUGGUUGUUGGGAGCACGGGCAGCGACGCCCAUGUGUGAACCAGAUAGCAUGCAAGCCAUAUAAUAGCUGCAAGUUCUUACCAUUUAUUGGGCAGUGCCACCUAAACUUUCUCGUUUUAUCAUUCGUUAUUCUGACGUCGGCGUUUUUGAUAACGAUGCCCUAGCUAGCGUAGACGUCAGAUAAGUCGCAAAUGGCAGGACGUAUUAUGACUUGUACUUCGGCCACCAACUCAAACUGUAAAAGUGAACAAUUCGAUUGUUUCUUACUGCCUUCGGUCCCAUAGGAAAUAAAUUCGAAGUGUUACACACACUUGCCAUGAAUAAAUUUUCGCUGCUGUUCUUGAGGUCACCUGUUCGCCUAUUCCAUGUGUCUGAUGACUUGUAAAAUAUUUUUUUUUAAAUGGCAUGACUAAUGUGCGCUAUACACUGCAGUAUACUGAGUAAAUUACGCUUGGCCACUCUGUAUGAUGGCUGUCAUAGCACUCAUGUUGCAUUGGAGCCCAAAAUACUCCCGAAUAUUACUAUUUUAAUGACUGUUGCAAAUGUUAGUUCAGGUUGUUUCUUCAUUAUUGCUAUUGUUUGUAUAUCACAAGUGCUUACAGGUGCCUGCGGCCUUCUAUUUUGCUUGUCCGAAAAAAGAGCCGUAAUUUUAAUCUACACUAGGCUUCCGCAUGGCUCCUCCACCUAAGUCUGUGUUUUCUGCUUCCAUGGCUAUGGAUAACUGUUUUAGCGCAGAACUGGAUAGCAGACGCAAUACAACGGCGAAGCCGCAAGGUGCGUUACCGUAAUUUUAUCCAAAAGCAUUCGCGAAAUAUGAACGUUAUUAUCAAAGAUGCGCGCAUGCAUAAAAACAUUACAACCAGAGUAGGAAUUGGGGCGCCGUCUUUUGAGCUCAUGUUUAUGUGUCUCUGCGGUGUCCUUUGUUCGGCGCUUAAAAUAAACACGGCAUCCGCCACCUAGCUCGCGGCAAGAUUCUGUUGCUUCUAUCUUCAACAUAGCUCUCUUAGGUCGUGUCACACGAACUGUGAAAGCGUAGUUCCAACUAGCGUUUGCUCUACUCUUCCUUUUUUUAAUGUGACUGGCAUUCCUUGAGAACUUUACCCACUUUCCGGUUUGUCUGUUUGUAUCUAACCUCUUUCACCCAGUUAUCCAAGGUACCAACUAGCUUGGGCCACUGGAUAUUUGUUGGCUGUUGUCGUGCCGACAAGGCGAUAUGGACCACUGGUGGAAUGUGCUGGAGCAGACAAUUUGUUGCUGGCCGCUGUCUGGCCUAGUAGACAACUUGCGUCACUGACUAUGUACCACUGGGUGUGUGCCCGAACGCACAACUUCAGUACGGCGUAUGUGAUAUUGAUGUGUGCCCUACUCUUGGCCAAUACACCAAAACAGAUGUGCCAAGGUGUCAUAAGGGGUACGUAGCCUUAAAUAUAUUAAAGCGGUAGUGCCCCAUCCGCGACACCUUCUCGUCGAGCGCGGCCACAUGAUGGAUAGCCAUUGCAACGAGGUUGCAGCCAGAGUACUAGGGACAGAAAGUGAGUGAGGCAAAAGACUGCCUCCCUGCUCCACUAAUGUAUCGCAGGUAAUACUAGGGAGAGUGGGAGUUGCCACGGAGUUUCAACAGGGGUGCAGUAAUUACAAGAUAUACUGUGUCGUUGUGUCAUUCGGCAUCGUUGUUGGCAGCGAGACUGCCACUUCGUGUGUCUGCUGAUUCGUGUGAGGUGUCGUGAUUCACUGAUAGCAUGGGGAUACAAUAAUCAUCAUGUUAGUCAUCAUAACAUAUAGAACAUAUCCCCAUCAGUUAGACACCCAUAAUAAAGACUGCUAAUCUCAUUAACGUCGCCAAACAUCUCCAAAGGAUGGAUGCGACGCCAGUCUUUUUUUCUUUCCUAGCAUUAUAUCUACGAGCACUAUCGUUCAUAUUUUUUUAUUUUUUUAAGGUUGACCUCGUUUUCCGGCUGCUAUCCAGUCCCGCACAUGUUUGGGGGAAACUGUGGGACAUGUGUGGAAUGGCGCGGAAUUUCUAGUGGAUCUUGGUACCCUUCAAACCAUAUCAUUGAACAAUUUCUUCAGCACUAUGUUUACUUGUUUCUCGUGAUGCACUGCACCUUCCGUAAUGUGAACACUCAUUUCAUUAGAAAUGACAGCAGUUGCAUAUAAAUAGAGGUUGCAGCUAUUUUCUAAUAUUACAAAUUUAAUACAACAAGAGCACUUUUUCAGGGGUACACCCAUCUAUUUUUCGACAGUGAUAUGUGACUUCUCCGUCAUUUCUGUAAUACCUCGGCACUCAGAAGGGCAUACGACAAUGUAUAAUAAAAUAGUGGGAACAUAUUCAUACAUGUGACGUUUUCUGUCAUUCCAGUGUGUUGUUACUAUGGCCCAUUGUAAUAAGGGCUCGUUACCAAGAACAAAUAAAGCCAAUCGUUAUAUUGUGAAGUAUAUAUUUACAUGUAUUUUACAUAGAUUACCCGUUGUCUAACCAUCAGUGGGACAUGUCUGCCACAGCGCCCAUUUUCUCCAUCUCUAUUUAAUUUUUGUGCCGAGUACAUGCAUUUAUACAUGUUGUUAUACAUGCCUUUGUCGUUUCGUGUUCUUUAUCUGGUGGUCUUUGUACAAAAAUAAAUGUAUAAGUCAACGGGAAUUAUUCUGUGCUAAUCUAUACACAAUAAAAUUGGAAGUAUUUCUUGAA